AAAAAUGCGUAACUAAAAGAAACUGGGGAUGAACUAAAAUACCCAGAAACCCUUGCAACAAGUCAGCGGUAAUCCCUUAAAAUGUCAAUACAUGAAAUUAAUUUCACACUUCAUGUGCAAUCUUUAACCAUCUUCGGAGCACGUUGAAAUUCUUGAAUGGCUGUUCGCCAAGGGUAAGAUGUAUUUAUGAUUUCUGCUUUCUUGUUUUCUUCUCAGUUCCUUACGAUCGUGUGUCUCCCAAGGUCAACGUCGGCAACCAAACAAAUCUUGUGCAGGUACUAUGUGCAUGGAGUCUGCAGGGAAGGAGAAAACUGCCAGUAUUCACACGACUUAAAAGAUAAACCGUCAAUGAUUUGUAAGUAUUAUCUACAAGGAGCAUGUUCCUAUGGAAACAGUUGUCGUUUUGACCAUGUCAAGCCACCAUCUGGAAGGACCAGAACUUUAUCUGGCCCCAAGCCAAUACCAUUAAUACCAGAAAAUGAUCAAGAUAAAAACAAGAUGGUUACCCUCACAAAACAAAAUAGGAAACAUCCAAGCAGCUGGGUGGAUGCACCUGUGUUUGUCCCAGGCAAAGCAUAUCAGGGCUUGAGCUCAUCAGAAAGGGAGGCGGAAAGUAUAACGGAUCCUGAUGGUGGUAAUCUGUCAUAUUCUGCAGCAGCUCAGAGUGGGGUAGAAUUUGUUGAUGACCUUACUGAUGAAGAGGCUUCUCAAGUGCUCUGUCCAUUUGCUGCGGCAAUAGGAGAUUGCCCUUUAAGUGAAACCUGUAGUUACUUACAUGGUUUGGAAUGCGAGUAUUGUGGCAACAAAUGUCUUCACCCAUUUAAUGUGUCUCAACAGGAAGAACAUCGCCAGCAAUGUAUCGAAUCCCAUGAAAGAGACAUGGCACACUCAUUUGCAGUACAAAGGAGCGAGGGUGUAACUUGUGGAAUCUGCUUAGAGGUUGUCAAGUCAAAAGCAAAUCCCAGUGAACAAAGAUUUGGAAUCCUAACUGAUUGCAACCACGCCUUUUGUCUGGCUUGUAUCCGUCAAUGGAGAAAUUCGUCACACGCUAAAAACAAGGUCGUCAGAAUGUGUCCGCUUUGCCGAGUGCCAUCAGCGUUUGUUACUCCGAGUGAAGUCUGGAUUGAAGAUCCAACAGAAAAGAAGAAGCUCAUAGAAGAGUACAAAACCGCCCUGAAGGAAAAGCCCUGUAGAUAUUUUGCGGCAGGAACGGGAACGUGUCCGUUUGGUAGCAGCUGUUUCUAUAAACACGCUUAUCCAGAUGGAAGAGUGGAGGAAGUGAAGUUGAGGCACUGUAAUACUUCAGAGGGUGUUACGAAGAUUGUGAACACUUUCAGACUAUGGGACUUUCUUGAAGUUCACGAGGAUGAAAGGAUUCGUGAAGAAUACGCUAUAAUUGUGCUGGAAGACUCGGAUUCAGAUUCAGAUUGAAGGCUUAAACAAGGACACAAAUGUACAGAAGGGAAGACUGUGUGAAACUACUUGUUUCUGAUGCUUUAACUACAAAUUAUAUCGUUGUGAAAAAUAUAUACUUUUUGAAAAUGUAAGUAGCAGCUGCUCUUGAACGCCUAACUCGUUUACAGUGUGACCCAGCAGCUCCUCAGUUUGAUAUGACAUUAGCGACUGUUUUCAGCGUAAGUCAAGAUUACAACCCGUCCCUCAGUUGACAUUUAUAAUCUUAAAUGGUUAGUAAAAUCAACGUUAAUCUAACUGCUUUCACUUAUCUUCAUUCAUGUGUUCUUGCACUUUGCAGCUCACUUUGUUAUGAAUUUGAUAAGCCAUCUGAUACACUGGAGUGAGAUGUAAAAUCGAAAAACAGUGAAGAGAAUUUGUACAAACAAAAUAAUUUGUAAUUUAUUUAGACGUGAAUUGUAUUGUACUUUCUCAUUACACUGUAAAAGUCAUCUUAAAAUAUUUUUGAUGAUUUUCUCUUCAAAGAACUCCCGUUUAGAGGUAAUUUGUUGCUUAUGUCGGAAACUGACAACACUAAACACGCUACAAAAAGUUUGGCAAAAUUUGCAAGAUCCACCCGUGAUGGCGUCUGUAUUGUCACCACCCUUAGGUUUCUCUUUCUGCCCCAAUGAUGUAAUUUAUUUGAGUUAAAGUAUCACAUUGUAAAAUACUUUUGAAUAAAUGAUUGUGAGAAUUGUAA